AACUGCUAGGAACUUUAAAAAGUUGAAUUUUUUUUUAAUUUUUGAAACGUUGAGAUUAAUUUGACAUAAAUGGUAAGUUUUAAUGACGGCUGGCCUGUGAGAUACAUUGAAUUCUAAAAGGUUGACCUAUGCUUUCUUGAACAAGUUAAGAUAGGGCUAUACUGCAAACAGAUGUGUUAUUCAAGAUUACACAACUGUACAUCAUUGAAAAGCAGAAGUGGAGCCUCCUGCACAACCAACAAGAAUGCAGCCAGUGUUUUCUGGAUGACAAGUCUACAAAACACUUGUCUUUUCCAGCAGCCAUUUAACAGUGGUAAAAACAGCUGAUCAAACUUUCUAGAGCUCCACUUGGGUUGCUAGGUAACAGGGCUGGGCUUCCCUGGGGUUGCUAUGUAACAGCAGUGCCUGAUUGUUGAGGUUUUUGAAACAGCGCAAAAAACAUAAAUUUACUGCCCCCCAAAAAAGCUACGUCUGCUUUUGCAAGCACUGGUGCUGUUUUUGGAAGUAGUUGAGACACAAAUUUAAAUACAAAAAUGUACAAAAUGUUUUAAGAUCAACUUAGACAAGCAAAGUCAAACUUGGUGACAUUUGUUUUAUGAAAGCUGAUAAGUGUGGCAUGAUAUUUUCUGAUGUUUUACAGGAAGAGGACAGACAGUGGCCAUGUCAGAGAAGACGCCUCGGGGAGCGGACACUCGACCCAAAUCUGGCCUCCGCAGCUGGAGCGCCGACAGCUACAUCUGGCGGGGUAAGAAGCGUUCCCGGAGCUCCCGCAAUGGAUCCAGUCCCGGCGGGUCAGAGGCGGACGGUUCCGAAGAACUUGGCAUGCGGUCCACUUCCUGUUCCCGGCGGCGCAGAGAGCGGAAGUGCAGCUGCAGCGCUCUGGGUGAGUCACUGAUGGCUGGAGACAUGGACGGUGUGUGCAGGAAGGCGCUCCACCGGCGGUCUCUGAGGCAGAAGUUUCAGGACGCUGUGGGUCAGUGUCUCCCUCUACGCCAUCACCACCACCACCAUUACCACCACCCACCCGGCUCGUCUCGCCCCUUCUCCGUACUGUUCUGGUCCAAAAGGAAGAUCCACGUUUCAGAACUCAUGCAGGACAAAUGUCCGUUCUCUCCCAAGUCUGAACUGGCCAAAUGUUGGCACCUUAUUAAAAACCAGGUGGGUCAUCCAGGUUCCCUGAAGGACAUGGAGACGCCGCUGAAGCCCCGCGUGUCGUCUUCCACUUCGCCGCCGCAGACGCCGCUUUCCUGGGAGGACAUCUGCUGCUCGCCUGCGCCGCUGGAGGACUGGGACCCGUCCAGCCUUCACGGUAGACCGGAUGGCGCCUGUGCAAACACUGACUACAUCCUGGUCCCCGAUCUGCUCCAGAUCAACAACAACCCAUGCUACUGGGGCGUGCUGAACCGCUUUGAGGCUGAGGAGCUCCUGGAGGGCCAGCCGGAAGGGACGUUCCUCCUACGGGACUCUGCCCAGGACGAGUUCCUGUUCUCCGUCAGCUUCCGCCGCUACAGCCGCUCCCUGCACGCGCGCAUCGAGCAGAACGGCAAGCGAUUCAGCUUCGACGUGCGCGACCCGUGCAUGUACCGGGAUGCCAGCGUGACGGGCCUGCUGAGGCACUACAGUGACCCGGCCACCUGCCUCUUCUUUGAGCCGCUGCUCUCCAGGCCGCUGCCCAGGACCUUCCCUUUCCCUCUGCAGCACCUGUGCAGGGCGGUAAUCUGCAGCUGCACCACCUACCAGGGCGUGGAGGGGCUGCCACUGCCGCCUCAGCUCAGGGAAUACCUCAGACAGUACCACAUCAAGUGUGACGGGGCCUGCGCCGUGUCGAUGCCCACAGCAGCCAACACGCAGGAUCUGCACUGACGAGGAGGAAGCUAUAAGUUAGGGAUGCUAACAACUAAUCUACUUAUGAUUAAUUGUUGAUUUAUUAGAUUCAAACUAGUUCUAGUCAAUUAAGUAAUCCGCUUAGAUCUUCUUUUAAUGUUGUAGUUUGGCCGCCAUCCAGCAGAAGGCGCCACUGGUCAUCCUUAAGGAGCCGUUUAUACAGAAACAAGAUGGCAGGCAAAUCAGAACAGUCCGGAGUCCAGUGUGGGAUGGAAAAUGCACUUUAUGCUGUCCUGUUUUGAAAUACAAACACUUGGCAACCUCUUUAAGUUUUCAGCAACUUAAGAGGUUCAUGUUUGGUUAUAUUUUAUAAAUAUGUCUAAGUUUAAUAAUGUGAGAGAACCACAAUAUUCUGUUUAUUUAUGUAUAUUUAAUACAGGUGACAAAAAAUAAUGUUACAAUUAAAAGAUGUUUUUGUUUUCUUUACUUCAGCAUAUGAACAUGUUGCCUUUUAUAUAAUGCAAACAUGGUCAACUAUUGUCAUACAAGAGAAAACUCAGGCGUUUAAGAAAAUGGCCGCUUAUCAAUACGUCAUUAGUCAAUGAACUUCAAAUGAACUAAUUAUUUGAUAACUUGCAUCUCCAAUUUAAGUCCAUUCUUUGGGACAAUUUUAUCACAGUUUCAAACAAAAAUUGGCUCUAUAAUAAUUUAACAAAAAGGCUACUGUACAGCUGACCUAAUAAAUUAUUAUUGAUUUUGUAAAUAUAAGCACCAAAAUAGCCACUUUAAUAAACUGAAGCACAUUGCAAAAGUAUUCAUAACUUAACUGAUUUAUAGACUUCAUAAUAAUGUCUUCUAUGUGAUAGACUAACACAAAAUAGUGCUUAAUCAAAGUGUAAAACAUAAGCUACAUGGUUUUCGACUUUUCUUUCAACUUCUGGUGUUUAUUUGUAUUCAACAUGGUGGCCACCAUCAAUUUAUAUUAAAUAUAUACAUCAAUGGUGGCCAUGCUUCAGCUAAUAGCAGAGCAAAUUUUUCAUCUCGCUAAGUUUGCUAACUUUGAAAACAUUUAGCGCACUUACUUUCUUCCAAAUUAAUUUUUCUGGAUCAAUUUCAAAAUGCCAAUUUACUUGUUUGUUUUGUAAACUUUCAGCUGAAUAAUUUUAAGCAACUGUUUUAAAGUUUUUGGUUAUCGACUUUUAGGAUUUCUUCAUGUAGUUAUAUUCAUACUCUUAUUUUGAAGUGGGAGGAGACUGUUUACCCUCUCCUCUCACGUACUUUCCCUUUUUUCCCCUCUGGAUAACUAUUUAAAAUGAGUACACAACAAAACGCGGACAGUAGAGAACAAGAUAUACGUAUAAACACAAUAUCUAAGGGCAUUAUAUAACAUGUAAAAUAUAAUCCCAAAAUUAAAUUGGUGCCCGACGGUUGCAGCAUUAGCUUCUCCUUCUUACUAUCACUUUGAAAUAUAGGGAAACUAAGGACUACUAAAAGAAAAAAUACUUUGUGUACCAAAUAUUUUGCAUUCAAGAAAACACUUGGAAGAUUUGAGACUAAUUAGAAGCAAAAAGGUUCAGAUUUUCAUCUCUAAAAAUCUUGAAAACUAUGCAUCUUUUUUUCCACUUUACUACUUCGUGUUUGUAAUGUUAAAAAGGUCAGGGGUAAUGAAUAUUUUUUAGUAUAGCAAUGUACCUGUAGCAUUUCCCCCAAAAUCACACCGUAUGCCUUAUUCAAACUGCACCUUUCAUCACUGCUUUCCACUCAAACUUCCCUCAUCGCUCCAGGUAUUGUUAAAUUGUUGGACAUUUUUGGUCAUUCGGACCGUUAUAUCUCCAGAUAAGGGACAAGUUGCUGUUAUUUCACAUGGAUAGUUUGUUUUCUAGACUUUUAUUAUCUUGAUGCCCAAUAUUCAUGAACCCAGUCUGCCUAAAACUAGCUUUGCAUCUCAAACAGAUUUCCUCCCAUCGCCCCCAGAAAAUGGCGUCAUUCCUCCACUUUCACUUGAGCAGAUUGUCAUAAAAAAUAGUGCAAAAACAUUCCUAUCGCAUUUUAAAAAUAAUAAAAUGUGUUUAUUUGUAGGUCAUCUGAUUCUUUUGGGAAGAAUUUAGGAAUAAAAUCAAAUGUAAUUCUGCCUUUCGGCCACAAGAUGGCGACAGAACUUAAACCUCAUGCACUGAAACAUCAUGUUUAGCAGCUUUAGUUUACACACAGUUGUAUGUUUACUGCGUUAACGGUUUUAUUUUUGGGCACAUUCACGUCACUGAUAAACAAACCAAUAAAAAUCCUUUCCACUGUC